AUUGAGUCCUCUCCAUGUGAUUGCCACCGCUUUUAAUUUUUAUUUUGUGAAGAAAACUUUAUUUAAUGCUUGUGGAUUUUCAUAUGAGAUCAGGACAUUUGUUAAAAAAAAUGUGAUUUUUUUAAUUUUUUUUUACCUUGUAAAAUUUAGUUUUCUUGAUUCUUGGAGAUGAUGUGCUAGGGAUUAGUCAAGAUUCAUUGGUUAAAAGAAGAACAUUUUGUGCCAAUUCAAUAUGAUCGAGUAGACGUGAUAGAAUAGUUUGAUGAUCGUACAGUCGUUUUCACGAUUAUAAAGGUAGAUUCUAGUAACCCUAACCCGUUUUUUAAGAGAAAUGAGAAAAAACCCUAUCAAUAGAGGCAGCUAUUAUGAUCAAUGUUCCACAUCCCAUUCCCCAAAGCCCAUGCACAGCCAAAGUGAUCUUUUCAUAUUUUACAUUUUGUAUAAAUUAAUGAUCUCAUUCAUAUGAUUCUACUAGUCUUAUUGUAUAUGAGAAAGAAUGGUUUUUAAAUGCUAUGUUUAGUGAUGAAUAUAAUGUUUUUGGCAGCCAAAAGGUGAUCUGAAGAAGAAAAUAGAGGAUUGGAAAUGGCAACUGAUCAAGGAUCAUCAGAAAACCAAGACUGGCUUGCUGUGAAGAACUGGCGAAAUAUACAGAAAGAGCGUGAGAGAGAAAAGCGGCGAAUGCGUGACAGAGAAAGAAGGCAAUCGAUGAGCCUUGAAGAGAGGGAGAGGCAUCUAGCGAGGCGGCGCAGAAACUACCAACUCAGAAGGCAAAGAGCCUUGAAUAAUGCUGCUGCUAAAACGGGUCACCAAGUGUUGAACACUGGCAGUGAAGCUGAAAACGAGAAUAGUAAUAAUAAUCUUCAAGUGGUUUCUGUCGUCCCGGAACUCGAAUUCCAUUCGGACUCUGCACCGCGAUUUGUGUCUACCAAGAACUCGAUUUCUGUUGAUUAUGGUGCAGAGGCAAGAAGAAUUCGCCCCGUGAAAUAUCCAUAUCCCAAAGGGCUGCAUUUCUAUCAAAUCAGACAUCUUGCCCGGUUACUAAACAGUCGUUCUGGCGAGGUUCAUGACCAUCAUCAACAGGUUGGAGCAGAAGUGACUGACAAAAACUAUGAUGUUACCAAGUCCUCAGGAAAACUGUGGAGAAGAAUACGGUUAAUAGACAUGAAACGUCUAGCUCGAGCACUCAAUUCUGUUCCAAAAGGCCAGCCCAACGCAGCCAAUAAUAAUUCAGGGGAAAGGAUCGAGGAGGUCGAGGGGAAUGCAGAGCAGAUGAUAUGCAGCAGCAAAUCAUUGACGCCUGAACAAUCGAAUGAAGCCAUCUGCGAUGUUCAACAAGUUAAUGCAUAUUCUGGUGUCUUUGCCCCAUGAUGGAUUGAAGAUGGAUGUAAGUUCACCACAGAACAUGAUUCAGCAUGGAAAAUAUAGGCUUUUACUUUAAGUUCUUGGCAUAUACAUAUAUAUACCUUGUAAAUCUUUACCAACCAUUUUUCCUUCCUUCUCAAUUCAGACUACAGAUAUUUUCUGGUAAAUAUGAAUGAAGAGGCAAAUAUGUAAUAGUUAAGCCUGAAUUAUGAUUUCCGUUUGGAAUUUUGGCCUCCAGUUGUACUGUUCUAUCAUUGGCAUUCUUGUUUUCCCUGAAUCAUCAAUACUCUUCUUUCUUUUUGUUAACAUUGGUUUGGUUUUA